AUGGCGGAAUCCAGCAGCCGCGAUAGUCAUUCAUUGCGUUCGGAAGCAGCUAAGCGCGGCCGUCUGGACGAGGAAUUGCUGCAACUUUUAGAUGCUGAAAGCUCCACAGGUUCAAGCGCAAGCUCAUCCUCGGACAGCAGCAGCAGCAGCGAUGACGACGACGAUUUGACGUUGUAUGAGUUUAUGUUCGAGUACCUGUUCUCUCCGCUGAAGCAGCGACCGAAGGUUGAGUCGUACCUGGAAAAGACGGUUGCCGUGUAUUCUGACGAAGAGUUUUGCAGAAACUUCCGACUGUCACGGUCGGUUGCAAAUGCGCUUGCUGCCGAAUUCGCGAAGUCGCCGCACUACCCUUCAAGAAGAGACCACGGAGGCCUACCCCCCAAGUCCCCUGAAGAGCAUGUCUUGUCCUUUCUAUGGUAUGCCGCCAACAAAUCCUGCAUACGGGAUGUUGCAGGACGUUUUGAAGUUGGGGAAAGCACGCACCACAGGAUGAUGUAUCGAGUCAUGGAUUUCCUUCUCGACAUUGCCCCCCGCAUCGUGACUUUCCAAGAUGACAUGGAGAAACUUUCCAAUGAAUUUAAGCAGGUUUCAGGGUUUCCGGACACUAUUGGCUGCAUUGACGGAAGCUAUAUUCCGGUCAGGUGCCCUGCUGGUAAAGUGCGGUCAGUGUAUGUGAAUCGGCACCACCACCCAUCCUUGACGCUGCAGAGAAUAUCCGACAACCAGAAGAGGUUCCUAGAUGUCAGCACAGGUGCACCCAGCAAAAUUCACGACGCCAGGAUCUUCCGGCUUUCAACCAUUUCGAAGAAACUGCCUCAACUCUGCGCUGGGAAAUACCACAUUCUUGGGGACGCAGCGUACCCAUCUCGCGAGUACCUAAUGACUCCCAUUCGCGACUACGGAAGCCUCGAUGCCUCUGACAAGGCAUUUAAUGCCAAACUUUCAUCUACCCGAGUGCUAAUUGAAAAUGCGUUUGGGGAGUUAAAGGGUAGGUUUCGGCAGCUGCAGCGUGUGGACCUCACGACAGUAGACAACAUGACAAAAUUUAUCCUCGCAUGCUGUGUCCUCCACAACAUCUGCAUUGACAAUGGUGACUCGCCUGAUGGUAUAGUUCCAGGCAUGCAUCUGAACCCUCAGGGUGCUAAUGAUCCAAACCCUAGUGGAGCCAGAGUCCACAGCGGAACAUCCAGAGAACAGAGCCUCUUACGGGCGCUUGCAGAGGUUAAGCGCGAAAAACUGAAAUCUAAGAUGGGGCUAAAGAGGAGGCAGCCACAAAAUCUCUAUUAAUGGAAGCAUAUCGUGCUCAAACAUUAAAUGCAACGCUUAAGCAGCAUCUCAUUUUGCCAAUGUUCAGGGACAUUAUGGUUGAGUAUGAAAUAAAAAGUCAUGAAAACAUGUUUUUCCAAAGCGCACCUCUUUAUUGCUUGAACCCCAGGGCCUCGCGGAUGAGCUGAAGUUUGUCUUCGUGCAUCUUGCGGCGCUCCUGGCGUUCAUGAAUGCGCUCAGCUCGCCACGCCUCAUCUCCUUUUCUUUUUCUAGCUCUUCCCUGCGAACCGCUCGCUCUGCACUAAUAGCUCGCAUUUGGUCAAAAAAAUAUUGCAUCUGCUGCAUACGACUGGUA